AUGAUUGCUUGUGGAUGGUAUCAUUUAUUAUUGUUACGACAAGAUGGUCUUGUUUUCACUAUGGGUGAUAAUCAUUGGAGUCAAAUAACUGGCGAUGAAAAAUCCCCAUAUGAAUGUAUGAUCCACAUUGAUAACCUAGAAAAUGUCAAGCUCAUAGUUGGUGGAGGGCUUCAUAGUUUAUCAAUGACUAAUAAAGGAGAAAUUUAUUCCUGGGGCAGUAAUGGUUGGGGUCAAUUAGGUCUGGCUGCUGAUUCAUAUUCAAUCAAAGAUAUUGUAGCUGGCAAGUAUCAUUCAUUAUUUUUAUUCGAUAAUGGUCAGCUUUGGGGAUGUGGUUCUAAUUACAAUGGUGUACUUGGUCUUGGUGAGGAAAUUAAACAAUCAAAAUUGACAAAAAUAACGAUUAAAAUUAGACAGUUGACAAGAAUACCGAAAAAACAACAAAUAAAUCUAGAACGAAUUGCAUGUUCAAGAGACCGUCACUUUUCAUUGGCAUAUGAUGGAUCAUCGUAUUAUGCAUGGGGCGAAACCAACAAUAGCAAAUGGUCAUCACCUAUGAAAUUGGGCAAAUGGCAUUCAUCAUUUGCUUCUUCAUCAGUUGUUAUGGAUUCACCAAUCACAUUUGGCCUCAGCAAUAUCAUAGAUUAA